GAGACUAGGGAAAGAAAAGGUGGUUCACUCGCCCCGUCUCUCUCGUCUCGUCUCUCCCUCCCCCACCGCCACCGCCACCGCCACCAUCGGCUUCGCGCCUUCGAAGCCUCAACGUUAGACCACCGUACGCGCGCCUCUCCUCCCCGCAACAACCCACGCCAUCGCUUGCUCUCCGUUGCACGUCCUCGGCGGCUAAGCUCGUUGGCAACCACCCGCGCCUCUGGACGAUGUCAGAUCAAGUGGAAAUUGGAAGCAUAAUGGAAGAGCAUGGAGAGAAGAAAGGUAAGUCAAAGAGACAUGUCAGGAAAAAACAGAAGGAUAACAAGUUAAGGGAUGAAGGAGACCAAUUACAGGAAACAAACAGUGCACCCGACAGGAGCGAGGUCGAUCAUACUUCUGUGGUGGAUGACCAUUCUCAAGGAAUCAGUAGCACGUCUAAGAAGGCUAACGAGAGGAAGAGGAAGAAAAGGAAUCAAAACUUGUCAGAAGAAGGUGAUCUGCUUCUGGGAAAGAAUGAUGAAACUGAUAAGGAGGAGGUUUAUCGUGUCUCGUCAGGGAACAAGGAUACUUCAGAAGGAAUGAAGAGUAAAUUGAAGAAGGUCAAGAGGAAGAAGAAGAAGAAUCAUGACUUGUCAGAAGGUGACCACCCAUCAACAAAGUAUGAUGAACCUGAUCCAGAGGUUCAUCAUAUGUUGUUAAGGAUUGAGGAUGCUUCUGAAGGAAUGAAAAGUAAGACUCAGAAGGCUAGGAGAAAGAAAAGGAAGGAUCGCGACUUUCUGGAAGAACUUGGCCGACUACUGAAAAAGAAUGACUAUCCUGAUCCUGGGGAGGUUCAUCCUGCCUCCUCCUCAGGGAAUGGAGAUACUUCUGAAGUAACAAAACGUAAGUCUAAGAAAGCUAGGAGAAAGAAAAGGAAGCUCCUACAGUCUCCAAGAGAUAUUGACCAAGUAGUGGAUAAGAACUCUGAACCUGAUCCGGAUGAUGUUCAUCAAAUUUCUUCUGGGGAUGAGGACGAAUCCAAAGGAAUGAAGAAGUGGGUGAUGGAAUACUAUCAGAAAAGACCGGGAAUAGAGGUAUUGCAACAAAGAAUUGAUGAUUUUAUAACCACUCACGAGGCGACACUGGAACAGGAAAGAAAAGAAAGAGAAGCCCGUGUUGCAGAGGGAGGAUGGACUGUGGUAACCCAUCACAAAGGAAGGAAGAAGACCACAGAUAGUGAAAGUGGAAUUGUUGUUGGCUCUGUUUCCCAGGCUGCUUUGGAGGACAAGCUGGCUAAGAAGAAGCGCAAGGAAGUUGGGUCGGAUUUUUACCGAUUUCAGAGACGAGAAGCACAGAGGAGCGAGAUAAUGAUGUUGCAGAGUAAAUUCGAGCAAGAUAGAAAACGAAUACAACAGUUGAGAGCUGCCAGGAAGUUCCGACCUUACUGAAACAGCUAGAGGACUCUGUGUCCUAGCAAAGGCAUUCAAGUGAUGAAUAUGCUACCUUGACUACUCUCUUUGAAAACACCAGGAACUUCAAUUGGCUAAUUUAAGGCGUCGCCACCUUGUCUUUUGCUCUCUUUUUGAAGAGAAAA